AUGGAGGCCAUUCGCCAGAAGAUCCAGAUCCCCGACUCCAUCAAGCAGCUCCCCGAACAGCUCAAGCCGAAGUCGCCAAAGGCGCUCGAUAAGGGCUCCGAUUCCAUCCCCACCUCCCUCACGCCCACGCCUGUAUCGCCGCCCCUCGCGACACCGUCUCACGGCGACCUCGGCGCCGUCCUGACCAUCGCCUGCGCGACGCCCAUCGCCGCCAAGCCCACCACCGUCCUCUCCACCGUCCUCAAUCCGGCCACCUACCCGACCUGGAACACCUUCGUCCCACGCGCCACCAUCUCUCGCCCCUCGGGCCUCGCCGUCCCGCCCAUGCUUGCAGGCGAGCCCUCCAUCGCCAAGCUCCAGCCCGGCGAGCUUCUCCUCGAGGGCACCCACGUCACCUUUGAGGUGCACAUGACGCUCGACCCGGCCAAGACGACGACCAAACAGGCCCUCAUCGUCACCAAGCUCGAGGAGUUCACCCGCGCCGCCGCCGAGGCCAACGGCGAGACCCACCGCGGCCGCAAGGGCUACCGCGUCUGCUGGAAGACGGGCGGCCUCGUACCCCCCUUCGUCCUCAAGUCGGAGCGCGUCCAGGAGUUCCUCGAGACCGAGGACGGUAACGGCACCGAGUACCGCUGCUGGGAGACCUUUUACGGUCCCUUCGCCCAGGUCCUGCGUUUCACCAUGGUCAACCAGCUCGAGACCGGCUUCGCCGCCUGGAUGGACGGUCUCAAGAACCACCUCGAAGGAACGGCGCCCUCGGAUCCUGCUGCCGCCGCCGCCGCCGCCGCCGCCACGGUUGCUCCGGCGACCACCCCGGCGGCUGCACCGGCUCCCGCGCCCGCCGUCGCCGCUGCCUCGUGA